AUGGCAGAUCCGGCACCGGCGACGCCCCCCGCCGUUCGCAUCGGCACGCGGCAGUCCAUCCUCGCCAAGAUCCAGGCCGAAGGUGUCCGCGCCUCGCUCUCCGCGCUGCACCCCGCGCGCUCCUUCGCCGUUGAUGCGAUGCGCACGCUCGGGGACCGCGACAAGGUCACGGCGCUCUACAGUUUCGAGGGCAAGAACCUGUGGACGUCGGAGCUCGAGGCCAAGUUGCGGGCCGGCGAGAUUGACGUCAUUGUGCACUGUCUGAAAGACAUGCCCACGACGCUCCCUGAGGACUGCGAGCUCGCCGUCAUCCCGGCGCGCGACGACCCCCGCGACGCGCUCGUCGUCCGCACCGACCUGCAGUCCAGCAUCACCAGCGUCAGCGGCCUCCCCGCCGGCUCCGUCGUCGGCACCUCAUCCGUGCGCCGCGCCGCGCAGCUGCGCCGUCGCCACCCGCACCUGCGCUUCGCCAACCUCCGCGGCAACGUCGACACGCGACUCGCCACCAUCGACCACUCCUCCCCCUCUGAGUACGCGUGCAUGAUCAUGUCCGCGGCCGGGCUGGAGCGCAUGGGCGGACUCCCGGGCCACGCGCGCGGCGGGUGCACCGUGCCGGUGGGCGUGGAGACGGCGUGGCUGCCGGGCGAGAGGCUGCGGCUGGGCGCGAUUGUGGUAAGCCUGGACGGGCAGACGGCGGUCGAGGACGUGCUGGAGAGGACGGUCGCGACGGAGGAGGAGGCCGAGGCGCUGGGGUACGACCUGGCGGAGCUCUUGGUCAAGGCGGGCGCGCAGGACAUUCUACGAGAGGUAAUUGCGAACAGACUGCCAAAGGAACAGCAGCCUGUUGAUGUCACUGCCAAUUGA